AGAUGUGUCGACCACUACACGCUCACAAAUUUGAUUUCAAGAAAACAAAAACUAAAGAGAAAGCAACAAGCAAGAGAACAGGUCUGUUAUAGAGGCAGACACAAACACCACACUAUCACACAACAAGAACAGCAAAAGUCACUAAAGAUCAAGUCAACCAUCAUGUCCACUGAUACUUCCUCCACUAACAACAACAAAGAGCACAUUUCCUUGGUUGUCACUGGCCACGUGGAUGCUGGAAAGUCCACCACAGUUUCACACCUCAUCUACAAACAGGGUGGCAUAUCCGAAAGGGAGAUGGCAAAGUUGCAGCAAGAGGCAACCGAGAAGGGAAAAGCUUCCUUUGGAUUCGCAUACUACAUGGACCAAGGCAAGGAAGAGCGUGAACGUGGAGUCACCAUCCAAUCCACCACCAAGGACUUUUACACCGACAAGUACCACUACACAAUAGUGGAUGCUCCAGGCCACAAGGACUACAUCAAGAACAUGAUUACAGGUUCCUCUUCUGCUGAUGUUGGCCUCCUUCUGGUGCCAGCAGAGAAGGGUGGCUUCGAGGCUGCUAUCGCCAAGGCUGAUCCCAAGAUGGGUGUAGAAGAAGGUCAGACCCGACAACAUGCCCGCCUCUUGUAUCUCUUGGGUGUUGAGCAGAUCAUUGUUGGAGUCAACAAGAUGGAUUCUUGUGGUUGGUCUGAGGAACGAUUUGAGGAAAUCAAGGCAGAGUUUGUCAAGAUGCUCCAGUUGAUUGGUUUCAAGCCAAAGAAGGUCCCAUUCAUCCCAUAUUCUGGAUACAAUGGUGACAACCUGGUGGCAAAGUCUGACAAGGCUCCAUGGUACAAGGGAUGGAAGGCCAACUUGAGUCCAAAAGUCACUGUCCAAGGCUACACCAUUCUGGAUGCCCUGGACAAGUUCAUCCAACCCCCCAAGAGGUUGCCCAAUGCACCCCUUCGUCUUCCCAUCUCCAAUGUUUACAACAUCAAGGGUAUAGGUCAGAUCAUUGCAGGAACUGUUGAACAAGGUACUCUUCACCCUGGAGAUGUUGUUGGUGUUGCUCCUGCUAGCCUCACUGGAAAGAAGGUGUUUUCCAUUGAGCAACACAAGAAGACCAUUGAUGCUGCUGGUCCAGGCGACUCUGUGGGAAUGUCCAUCAAGGGCAUUGGCAAGGAUGAGAAAGUAUCUCCUGGUGACAUCAUUUAUCUGGAGAAAGAGGGAACCCUCAAUCCUGUGAAGUCCUUUACUGCGACAGUUGCUGUGCAGGAGCAUCCUGGCAUCCUCAAGCCUGGCUACACUCCUAUUGUCUUUUCCCGCACUGCCAAGGUUGCCUGCAAGAUGACAAAGAUCAUGUGGAAGCAAUCCAAGAAGACCGGUGGGCAGAAGGUUGAGAACCCACAAGAGCUGCAGCAGUUUGAGACUGCAGAGGUUGAGUUUGUCCCUAAGGCACCCUUGUUUUUGGAACCCUUUGACAAAGUUGCAGCAAUGGGCCGCAUUGCCGUGAUGGACAGCAACCGUCUCAAGAUGCUGGGAAAGGUCACCUCUACUACUGAAAGCACUAGAUGACAGCGAACAGCAGCACAAUAUAACAAGGAAAGCUUGUGAAGAUAUGAUGUCCGCAGAUGAAGCUGCAAGAAUCGUGGAAAAGCAUAAAACGUAGCUAAGAGAUAGUAAAGAGAAACGUU